CCAGUCAAAGGGUAUGAGAGGGGCGGAGCGACGUUAGACAACUAGCCAAAGCAGACCUUUUGAAAACAGAGGGGUAGUGGAUAAAAAUAGUGAAAAUUUCGAGCUAGAUCCAAUCGAAGAGGAGCUGCCCAUUAGUUAUUUCCAUCGUAACCUGGGAGCAAAGACCACGAUGAACGGUGACUCGAGCUCCGGGGUGGUGACGGCCCCUCCACCCACCACCGCCCCGCACAAGGAGCGCUACUUCGACCGCGUGGACGAGAGCAGUGCGGAGUACCAGCGCGAGAGGAACAUGGCCCCCGACCUGCGGCAGGACUUCAACAUGAUGGAGCAGCGCAAGAGGGUGUCCAUGAUCCUGCAGAGCCCGGCAUUCUGCGAUGAGCUGGAGACCAUGAUCCAGGACCAGCUGAAGAAGGGGAAGACCCCCACCAGCCUGCUCGCCCUGCAGCAGAUCGCAGACUACAUGACCACCAGCAUCCCCACCAUGUUCCCAGCUACGCCACAGGGAGGCAUGGCUGCCCUCAACAUGAGCCUGGGCAUGGUGACCCCGGUGAAUGACCUGCGGGGGUCGGACUCCAUCGCCUAUGAGAAGGGCGAGAAGCUUCUGCGCUGCAAGCUGGCUGCCUUCUACCGCCUCACCGACCUCUUCAGCUGGUCCCAGCUCAUCUACAACCACCUCACUGUCAGACUGAACUCAGAACAAGAGCGUUUCCUGAUCGUCCCAUUUGGCCUUCUGUACAGCGAGGUCUCUGCCUCCAGUCUGGUGAAGAUCAACCUGCAGGGGGAGAUAGUGGACCGCGGGAGCACCAACCUGGGCGUGAACCAGGCCGGGUUCACCCUGCAUUCUGCCAUCUACGCUGCCCGGCCCGACAUCAAGUGCGUCGUGCACAUCCACACUCCGGCUGGGGCCGCGGUUUCAGCUAUGAAGUGCGGCCUGUUGCCCAUUUCUCCAGAGGCGCUGUCCCUUGGGGAAGUGGCAUACCACGACUACCACGGCAUCCUUGUGGACGAGACCGAGAAAGUCAUGAUUCAGAAGAACCUGGGACCCAAGAGCAAGGUUCUCAUUCUGAGGAAUCAUGGACUCGUCUCUGUUGGGGAGACCGUGGAAGAAGCCUUCUACUACAUUCACAAUCUGGUCACAGCUUGUGAGAUUCAGGUGCGCACCAUGGCCAGCGCUGGAGGCCCGGAUAACCUGGUUCUGCUGGACCCAGUGAAGUACAAGGCCCGUCCCCGCUGCACUGAGCCCGUCGGCGAAGGCACCGGCUCCCAGCCCAAGUGGCAGGUCGGGGAGCAGGAGUUUGAAGCUCUCAUGAGGAUGCUGGAUAACCUGGGGUACAGAACAGGAUACCCCUACCGGUGCCCCGCCCUACGCGACAAAGGUAAAAAGUACAGUGACGUCGAGAUCCCCCCGUCUGCCACGGGAUACUCGUACGCAGAGGACAGUGAGUCAGGCGCGCGCUCCCCUCUCAAGCACAGCUUUCAGAGGCAGCAGCGCGAGAAGACGCGGUGGCUCAACUCGGGCCGUCCCGACGAGGCCUAUGAAGAAGGCCCGGACGGCGGCAGCCCCAAGGCGAAGACUAAGGUGUGGACGAACAUAACACACGAUCACGUGAAACCCUUGCUGCAGUCUCUCUCGUCCGGUGUCUGCGUGCCAAGCUGUAUUACCAACUGCUUGUGGACAAAGGAGGAGGGGCUUCGACAGGCUGCUGUGGCCAAUCAGUUUGUGCCCCUGAACACAAACCCCAAAGAGGUCCAGGAGAUGAGAAACAAGAUCCGUGAGCAGAACCUCCAAGACAUCAAAACGGCCGGGCCUCAGUCCCAGGUACUCUGUGGACCUGUGGUGGACCGUUCCUACGUGCAGAGAGUCGCCGUGUGGCAGGAUGUUCCUCUGUCUGACUGUACGGAAACUAUUGAAGGCCUCGAUCUCUCUGAGCAGGCCAAAAGCCCCACUCAGUCUUUUAGAAAGGGGGAGCUGGUGACCGCAUCCAAAGCCAUCAUCGAGAAGGAGUACCAGCCACGCGUCAUCGUCAGUAAGACUGGACCAAACCCCUUCAACAAGCUGACCGACCAGGAGCUGGAGGAGUACCGCAAGGAGGUGGAGCAGAAGCAGAAGGGCCCAGAAGACCAGUUGCAGGACACUGUGGAGGAGGUGAAGGGGCAGAGCCCGACUCGCACCCCGCCCAGCACGCCAAUCAGAGCUGAGGAAGAGUCUCAGCAGGAGCAGACCUUCAAGGACGAGAGUGACGCCGCCACUUUAAGACAGACUCUCCCCGACCUGACCCCGGACGAACCCUCCGAAGCCCCCGUCUUCCCCCCUGACAACCCUGCCCCAGAGCCAACCGAGGAGACACCCCAGCCCGAGGAACCAGAGCCCCCAGCUGCCCCUGAUGCCCCUGAUGCCCCUGAUGCCCCUGAGGACCCUGCAGCAGCAGCGGACCCGGGCAGCGACGAGUCCCCCAGCAAGUCUCCCUCCAAGAAGAAGAAGAAGUUCCGCACUCCCUCCUUUCUGAAGAAAAACAAGAAGAAGGCCGAGUCCUAAUCCUCUGCGUCGCUCAGGCAACAGGCCACACCUUCAAUUUGAUUAUUCCAUUUGUUUGGCUUAUCUAGUGUUCACCUCUAGUGUGUGCCAAUUUAAAAAAAAGGGUCAGAUUGCCUAAGAUUUUAACACAGUCGCUUCUAGUGGUGAAUGACUGCAUUAUGUGUGGUCAAGUGCAGUUCUGUGGCUUGUUGCGCAUGUAUAUUUAGGUCCACACUCGAAGUGAGCAGUAGACUUCUUUCCAUUUUUUUUGUAUUACUAAACCCAAUUAACCAUUAGUAUGUAUUGGGCUGUAUCGAAACUGUCUUUUUUUUUUUUUUUUAAACAGGGAAUGCAAAAAAAUAUAUACUGUCAUUUACCUGGUGAUAAUCCAUGAUUUUAAAAAUACAAACAAAAUGCACGGUGCUAAUUCUUCAUGUCCAAUAGCAUUGAACCUUUUUGUUCUGGAGCUACAGGUGAUUUUGGGGUCCAAGGAAGGUGUUCUUUCUCUGCAUUAAUAUAUAGGAUAUCAUGGCCUUAUGUCCAAAUGGUAAAAGCAUUUAUACUCCAUAUUAAUAUACUCCCAACAUCUUGCUUCAGUGAUAAGUAGACUGCAGUUGCUGAUUUGUCUGGAUAUUUUCAGGAUUAGAAAAGCACUGGGUAAAUAUAAAUAAGCGAUGCAGCUCAUUGAAAGAAAACCAGAAAAUGUAAUCCUGAAGGAAAUUGUUUCUAUGGCUUUAGUUGCUAUGAAGCAUGGCAGCACUGCUUUACCCGACUGUCCCAUUUCCCAAAUGUACAUUUUUAAGUUUCUUAAGAAAUAUGUGGCUUUCUCUUUGCCAUCAUACAAGAGAAAUACCAGAGAAAUACCUGUGGGAAUUCAUAAUGGCAACAAAAAAAAAAAUGUAAUUUUGCUUUAUUCUCUGUUUGGUUUCUUUAGAUUAAUUUAGUUUGGAUUAGUUAAUAAUCCGCCUGGUUUUUUUGGAGCUGUUCUUGUAUUGCCUAUAUUGCGUCCUGAGCCAUCAUCUCAAAUGUUCAAACUGUUCAAACUCAUCUGUAAGCAUUAGAAAAACACUGGUACGAAGGCAGCGGCACACUACCCCUGUGUUUCUAAACCAAUGGUUUCUGAGUGCAAUAAGUUGAUUGGUUCAUCUUCUGAAGAUAAUGUACACUAGCUGCGCAAAACAUUAGUAGCCGAUGAUAGACUUCAGUACAGAAUAAUGUGGUGCCUUCCUGUGUUUGCACGUCCAGCUCAUGUCGGAUUGUCAGCUCUGGGGCUUUCACCAUCUUGUUUGGCUAUGUGUGUGAUGCCCGAUCAAGACUGAGUACACCUUCAAUAUGCACUAGCUGUCGUAGUUUAGCCCGUCCGUUUUCUGGCGUUUCAGUGAUACAUUUACUGGCAAAAGUCCCAAGCUAGAAAGUGGGUUCCACAUCUUGGACAUUUGACUUUUUUGAGGGGCCUGCUGUUACACUUUCAUUGAACUCCAAGAUGCCAUUGAGCCAUUACCAUUAACGCCUUUCACUUCAAAAUUACUUGGACACAAUAAUAUUACAGAGGCAAAUUAACACUAUCGGAUACAUGCCUUGGGCAGGCAUUGACAUGGGAUGAAUGUCAAUUACACUUGAUCAUUGUGAAGCUUGGUGAAAACCACUAUAAAGCGGUCAUGUGUUUUGUGUAAAACGGCAACAUGUUUUUGAAGGACUGCAUGGCAUAAAAGGCUUAAAGCUUGUAUAGUCUUUGUACAUUGACUGCAACCCUCUUUCCUUUGCUAUAUUGUGCUUUAUUGACUUGUUUAAGUAAUAACAGUACUAAGCCAUUUGUCACAUAUCUGUUGAGUCACUUAGAUAUUGAGUUCUGUUUUAUGAACGCAGUUACUUUAAACCUUGUAUUAUCUGCACUAUUUUCAAUACAUCUAUGUGCUAUACCAUCCCUUCCACAUUUUUCCUGGCACUGUUUUAUUUCAUCCUUGAAUAAAAAGCUUCCUUUGAAACCAA